AUGGAUCCUUUAAAGAAAGAUCAACAUGGGCCACAGAAAAAUUUACUUUUACUUGAAUACUACAAAGUAUUCGAUAAUUAUGAUGACAAAAUAACUAAUGAUAACAAUAUUUGUGAAAAUAUAUUUGCUAAUAAAUACUCAAGUAAAAAUGAAAGUAUUAAACUAUGUCGUAAACUUUCUAAUAUAUUAACAGAUUUACGUAAUAAAAAACCUGAAGAUGGGAAAUAUACAUACAAAUAUUGUUCAUAUUUGAACUAUUGGUUACGUGAUCAAUUAACACAAAUUACAUUUUCUCCUAACGAUGAUCAUGACGUUUACAUGGCAUUUCAAGAAGUUUAUAAAAAAUUUAAACCUGCACUCCAUUGUUAUAUCCAUUCAUAUAAUGAAUAUGCAAAUGAUGAAUUCGAGAUAAUAAAAAAGCUACAUGAUUAUUCGGAAACUUUUAAAAACAUCCAAUAUAUAGUUAAUAAUACAGUUAAUAAAACUCAACAAGAAAAGCAACAAUACUGCUCAUUCAUAGCAAAUGGUGUGAAUUACUACAACAAUAUUAUUGAUAAUUAUCGUAACUCACGUAAAUCCCAAGAUUAUUUCAAACAAUUAAAAAUAUUUAAAAGGAAUUUAGAUAAUUUUGCAUUAUCUUCAUUAACAUGUAGUACCCCAAUGCCAGUGGCCCGUCCUAUAGAAAACGUUAGUUAUAGUACUUCAAAACAUUUAUCCAUUAAUUUAUUGACAUUAUUUGGAAUAUUUCUCACCUUCUUCUGUUUUUAUAAGUUUACACCAUUCGGAUGCUGGAUAAAUGGUAAACUUGGCAUAAGAAGAAAAAAACGUUUCAGAAAUAUAGAAGGCACAUAUCAGCAAGAAUUCAUGCAGGAUCAAUAUGAUUCUGAUUAUGAAACUUCGGAUUACGAGUUUUCAGAUGACUCAUCUUGUUACACGAGUUAUGGUUCUCUUAGAAAUCUCUAA